GGAAUUGAGAGUCACUUCCAGUUCUUCCUCAGAGAGUAGUACGGAAAAGAGAUCGUUUGAACUCUCCUUCGACAAGAAAUUCAGUGAAAUUGUUAUCAGCAAAUAUAUACCGUUCGUUCUGGAAAGAGCGAAGGCCAUAGAAGAAGAAAACCAGUGCGUAACGCUGAAGGCGUUAGGCCAUUACAACGAUGAGAUUAAUCUGGAGCAUCCGUCCACUUUUGAGACCCUAGCGAUGGAUCCUGAACUGAAGAAGGAAAUUAUCGAAGAUUUGGAUAGAUUUGUUAGCCGGAGAGAUUAUUACAGGAGAGUUGGGAAGGCGUGGAAGAGAGGGUACUUGUUGUAUGGACCUCCGGGAACAGGGAAGUCGAGCCUGAUAGCAGCCAUGGCCAAUUAUUUGAAAUUCAGCAUCUAUGAACUGGAUCUGUCUUGCUUAAGGAGCAACUCGGAUCUCCAGGAGCUUCUUCCCACUACUAAAAACAAAUCCAUCCUUGUGAUUGAGGAUAUUGAUUGCAGCAUUGAUUUGCAGAACAGAAAUGAUGAAGAUUACAGCAAUCAAAAUAAUAAUCAGGUAACGCUAUCUGGUUUAUUGAACUUCAUUGAUGGAUUAUGGUCGUGUUGUGGGGAUGAAAGGAUCAUUGUGUUGACAACUAACUACAAGGACAGGUUAGACCCAGCACUACUUAGGCCAGGAAGAAUGGACAUGCACAUCCUCAUGUCUUAUUGCACACCAGGUGGAUUUCGGGUUCUUGCGUCAAACUACCAUGGCCUGAAAGAUCACCCCAAGUUCACGGAGAUCGACAAACUCCUGACGGAGGUGAAUGUGACACCUGCCGAGAUUGCAGAAGAGCUGAUGAAGAGUGAUCAGGCAGAUGUUGCCCUGGAUGGACUCAUUAAGCUUAUGAAAAAGAAAAAAAGUGCAUGUGAUGAUUUGAAGGUGGAAGGUGAUAUUGUUACCGAUAAUCAGACUGAUAUAUUGGUAGAGAAUAGUGCGGAGGCGGAUGAAGAGAGAUGAAUGGAAGUAAAAGAGAGUUUUUAUAGUAGC